AUGAGACGUCCAGUCGCCCCAGCAAGCGGCAACCACAGUGGCUUUAACUCUGAUUCUCUCUCUCUCCCCAGCUCUGGUCUUCCUGUUUCGUUUGCCCAAAGGCAUCGUUUUGCUUUCGUUUUUGUUCUUGGGCUGUAUAUGUUUUGGUUGUGGAACCCUAGGGCGUGCUUUGGUCUUUGCUUAAAAUUUACUCUGCUUGGUAUUAGUUUUCCUUUUCGUGGUAUUAUGGAUGGGAACAAGCGGAACUUUUUCAAGAAACGCCCUAAUGUCCAGUUUAAAAGAAAAGGAGGUAACAACAACUACAAGAAAGGAAACUGGAAUAAUUCAACCCGUGAACAACCUUUAGAGAAUUAUCAAUCCCUGGACACAGUGUAUCGUAUACUCUGCCCUUCUAAAAGAAUCGGUGGUGUUAUUGGAAAAGGUGGUGGCAUAGUCAAAGCCCUGAGAGAAGAGACGCAGGCAAAGAUAACGGUUGCUGAUUCUGUUCUAGGCUCAGAUGAGAGAGUAAUUAUUAUCUUUAGCUCUCCAACAAAAAUUUCAAGUAAACAAAAUAAUGAUGGAGAUUCAGCUGAGGAAAAUGAACUGGAGCCCAUGGACCCGCACUGUGCUGCCCAGGAUGCUCUCUUGAAAGUUCAUAACAGAAUUGUAGAGGAAGAUCUUUUUGGUGGAGUUACAUUUGAUGAUGACAAUGAAAACAGUGUUGUCACCGCAAGGCUUCUAGUUCCAAACAAUAUGGUGGGGUGUCUUCUUGGAAAGGGUGGAGAUGUUAUUCAAAGAUUACGAAGUGAGACGAGUGCAAGCAUUCGUGUGCUUCCUGCAGAUCAGCUUCCAACUUGUGCUAUGGAAACUGAUGAAUUGGUGCAGAUAUCUGGAAAACCAGAUGUGACAAAGAGAGCGCUUUAUGAAGUGUCUACGCUACUGCAUCAGAAUCCUCGGAAGGACAAGCCUCCUUCAGGUUUUCCUAUGCCUUUUGGGGGCCAGGGGUUUCGUCCUCCUGGAGCCCCGAUGACUAAUGUGCUGCCACCUGGAAAUCCAAUGUGGUCUAAUCGGGCUCCUUCCCACAGUAUGUCCCCAAUGCCACGGAUGGAAGGAUAUGGAAACCGUUCUUCUGAAUUUGCACCAGGUGGUUUUAAUGGUGUUCCUCCUGGACAUGGGGGUGAAGCUUUAGCUGAGUUUUCUAUGAAAAUUUUGUGUUCACCUGGGAAAAUUGGUGGGGUCAUUGGCAAGGGGGGUUUUAAUGUAAAACAGUUACAACUGGAAACAGGAGCCAGUAUUCAUGUUCAGGAAGCAUCAACAGACUCAGAAGAACGUGUAAUUCAUGUCUCUGCUUUUGAGGCUUUCUGGAAUCCCAUAUCACAAACCAUUGAGGCAAUUCUUGAGCUUCAGAACAAAACAAGUGAAUUAUCUGAUAAAGGUAUAAUUACUACUAGGCUUCUUGUUCCAUCAAGUAAAGUUGGCUGCAUCCUUGGACAAGGAGGUCAAGUUAUAAAUGAGAUGAGAAGGAGAACCCAGGCUGAUAUUCGUGUUUACUCGAAGGAUGAUAGGCCUAGGUGUGCAGCUGAAGAUGAAGAGCUUGUGCAGAUAUCUGGGAACUUUGGAGUUGCUAAAGACGCUUUGGCUGAGAUUACUUCAAGACUUAGAGUGAGAACUCUGCGAGAUGCAAAUGCUGGAGCAGAACCUGCUCUUGUUGGCCCUGCACGCGGAUUUGGUCUUGCAGGCAGCAUACCUGGUGGAGGACCACGACAACCACCAAGUGCAGUUGGAGCUGGAAGCUCUAGUAGAUAUGACCCUCUAAAGGUUGGUAGACGUGAAUAUGAACUACAGAGUUAUCGAAUUCCUUCGGCUGCUUCUGGUUAUCCAAGUGUCAGCCAUGCCUUGGAGGGUAAGAUCCCAAAGAAUACAGUGGAUUCUUUUCCUAGAACAAGAGGAAGCAACACUUCCACUAUUAGAGAGGUUGGUGCACCGAGAAUAAAGCUCCAAGACUCCCAAGGUGUUUUCUCUGAACGUCCUGUUGAAAUCCGUGGUUCUGAUAAUUUGAAUGUAGCACAGAACAUCCUUCAGGCAUUCAUGGCUUCUGCUGGUCAAAGUGUGAGUGCUCAGGCUGGUUCUUACCACAAUGUGAAUGCUUUGCAAGGCUCCUACCACAACACGAAUCCUCAGCAAAGUCCCUACCAAAUGAAUUCUCAGCAAAGCCCCUUCCAAAUGAGUUCUCAGCAAAGCCCCUUGCCCUUCCAAAUGAGUUUUCAGCAAAGCCCCUAUCAAAACAAUCCUCAGCGAAGCCCCUACCAAAUAAAUGCUCCGCGAAGCCCCUACCAAAUAAAUGCUACGCAAAGCCCCUAUCAAUUGAGUGCUCAACAAGGUUCAUACCCCAACAUCAAUGCUUCUCAAGGCGCCUACCACAACUAUAAUUCACAGCAAGGUACCUACCAAUACCGACUCUGA